GUUGUGUCUGUGUUCAUUGCCUGGCGGGAAUUUCAUUUUCACUAUUGACAGAGUUCGUGUCCCAGAGUCCCACAUAUACACACUCAGCAUGGCUGCGGAUACAGUAGAGUACACCAUAGGAGGAGUGAAGAUAAACUUCCCCUGCAAAGCAUAUCCCUCUCAACUUGCCAUGAUGAACUCUAUUGUCCGUGGCCUGAACCACGGGCAGCACUGCUUACUGGAAAGCCCUACUGGUAGUGGGAAGAGUCUUGCACUGCUCUGCUCAGCGUUGGCAUGGCAGCAGGCGCAGUAUGCUAAACCUGACCAGGAGGGAGGAAGCCCUUCAUGUGAUGUAAAAAAGCCAUGUGAUGUUACUACCCCAUGUCAGUGUGUGUGCCACAGCCGAGCUCGUUGCUCAUCUGCUUUGUCCAGCACUACAGCCUCUAAACCAGCUGUGAUUGACCUCACUGGAGAAGACUCUGCUGCUCAAGUCAGCACACCUUCAAGAGCUCAGGAAAAUCCACAGAAGAGAUCCACUCUAGCAGCCAGGCUUUCUGAGAAAUUUCAGGCUUCUCUUACUACACAGAAAGAAGAACCAAGUGACGAAGACUUCAAGCCGGAUAAGAAGCGCUUUCGGGCACCUACUGCUGACCAGAAGCAGAGCAGUAAGCGAAGAUGUCUUGAAAAAGGUGUGAUGUUCGAUGAUGAUGAAGAUGAGGAAGAAGGAGGGGCUCAGAACUGGACUGUGCAGUUAAACAGUCAAGCCAAAGUUGAAGGCAGCCUGCCACCUGCUGAAUGCUGUUCUCCUGUGCCUUGUUCCCUGUGUGCUUGUGCAAGCCUUGCAGAAGGACAGAAGGCAGGUGGAAAAGUCAAGGACAAAGACAAAGAGAGCAAUGGAAAGAAAGCUGUUCCCAAAAUUUUCUUUGGUACACGCACGCAUAAACAGAUCACCCAAAUUGCACGCGAGCUGAAGAGGACGCUGUAUUCCACCGUGCCCAUGACCAUCCUAUCCAGCCGAGACCAUACGUGCGUCCACCCUGAAGUUGUACCACACGCCAACCGCAAUGAACGCUGCAAGGAACUGCUCGAGGCCAAGAAUGGGCAGUCAUGCCGAUACUACCACAAUGUGCACAAGAUGCGGGAUCAGAGGAAUUUGCAGUGGGUGCAUGGGCUGCACCAGGCCUGGGACAUAGAAGAGCUGGUCAGUCUGGGCAGUAAGCUCCGCUCCUGUGCAUACUUUGCAGCCCGGGAGCUCAUGCAGGAGGCUUGCAUUGUUUUUUGCCCUUACAACUACUUGCUGGACCCCCUUAUCCGGGAGAGUAUGGACAUCAACCUAAAGGGGCAGAUUGUGGUGUUGGAUGAGGCACAUAACAUUGAAGAUUGUGCCCGUGAGUCUGCAAGCUUCACCCUAAACCAGGCUCAGCUGCAGGAGGCCCGUGAGGAUCUUGAGGCGAUGAUGACAUAUAACAUCCGCCGGAACAACCAUGAGCCCCUUCUGGGCUUUUGCUGCAGCCUGCACAAUUGGAUACAAGAAAGCUCCAAUAAUUUGCAAGACAGGGAUUAUGAGACUGCCUAUAAGGUGUGGACAGGGAAGGAAGUUCUGCUAAUUUUCCAUGGUCUUGGCAUAACAGCUGACACAUUUCCUGUGCUUCAGAAGCACUUUGAGGCAGUGCUGGAGAAGGAAGAGAGGGUCGGGCUGGUGAAUGGGAGAGAGGACACUGUACAGGUUCCCACCAUCAGCUCCAGCACUCAGACUGUGCUCAAGAGCCUUUUUAUGGUGUUGGGCUUCUUGUUUCGGCAAAACUGCAGGUUUGCGGAUGAUUACCGCGUGGCUCUGCAGCAGAGUUAUGUUUGGACUACCCAGGAGGAUGUGCCUGAUGCCCAGGGUUUUUUUGCCCGGCCACGCCGUCGCCGCCAGACGGCCCGUACUAAAGUCCUUAUGCACACACUCAGCUUCUGGUGCCUAAACCCUGCAGUUGCAUUUUCUGAUCUGAGCACAGCAGUACACAGUAUAGUGCUCACUUCUGGUACUCUCUCUCCCAUGGGCUCCUUCUCUUCUGAGCUGGGCCUCAAGUUCUCCAUCCAGCUGGAGGCCAGCCAUGUCAUCAGCAAGUCUCAGGUAUGGGUUGGCACCAUCGGAGCAGGUCCUCAGGGCCGUAGACUGUGUGCCACAUUCCAGCAUGCCGAAACCUUCAACUUCCAGGAUGAGGUGGGUGCACUGCUGCUGAAAGUGUGCCAGACGGUGAGCCGGGGAGUGCUCUGCUUCCUGCCGUCCUACAAGAUGCUGGAUAAGCUGAGGGAUCGCUGGAUGAACACAGGCUUGUGGGAGAAGCUGGAGGAGAAGAAAGCAGUGAUUGCAGAGCCACGUGGAGGAGCCAAGAGUGAUUUUGAUGAGCUGCUACAAACGUAUUACAAUGCCAUCAGACAAAGAGGCGCCCGAGAUGGAGCACUUCUGAUUGCAGUUUGCAGAGGAAAAGUGAGUGAGGGGCUAGAUUUUUCUGAUGACAAUGCCAGAGCAGUGGUCACUAUUGGCAUUCCCUUCCCCAACAUCAAAGAUCUGCAGGUUGAACUGAAGAUGAAAUAUAAUGACCAGCACUGUAAAUCCAGAGGCCUUCUUCCUGGGGGCCGAUGGUAUGAGACUCAGGCCUUCCGGGCCCUAAAUCAGGCUUUGGGAAGGUGUAUUCGACAUAAAAAUGACUGGGGAGCACUUAUUUUAGUGGACGAUCGUUUUAGAGCUAACCCCAACAAGUAUAUCACAGGCCUGUCCAAGUGGGUGCGUCAGCUGGUGAAACACCAUGACAGCUUCACUAGCGCCAUGCAGUCUUUGGUGUCCUUCUCCCAGAGAAGUCAGCAAGGAGAAAUAGAGAGCCACACUGAGGAGCUUGUUCAGACUAACCACGAUUCCCCCAGGACUCAGUCAUCUGCUAUACAGCCGCCUUCUGAGCUUCCGAAACUGCACCAGUGCCUGAGCUCUGAGGGUCAAAUUACUGUGCCCUCUAUCAGCCAACAUUCAGAAGCAGGUGACCAGAAGCCUUCACAGCAUCAGUCAGAAUCACUAAUUCCUCAGUGUGACGUGCCUAAAAUCAUGUCAAAAUCACAAACAAUGGCCACCUUGUUCACCUCCACACCAGCCAGUUCUCGAUUCAGGACUCCUAUCUUCCAAUCUAAAGACUCCAAGAAGGACCUAAACCAGGGUGUAGUAUCAGCAGUCAGUAAUAAGGACACAGUUUCUGCACACGAUCUGGCCAUGAAAGAUCAGAAUGAAGUUGUUCCUGAGAACAAAUCAAAUGAGAUUCCACCUGACCCUCCUCUUGAGCCACCAGCCCUAUCACCUGUAAAGACAUGCUCUGUUUCCAAUCAGGAAACAAAUGAAGCAGGACCUGAAGAUGCCGAAGAGGAAGACCAGAGUAUCUUCUAUACCCCAGAGCUGUUUGAGGAAGAAGAUGAAGAGUCUGCCACAGCAUCUGUAGAGGACAAUGAGGAGUUGGUUAAGUCAGCUACAGAGGACACUCCUCUUCAGAUGGAACAGCUUCUUUGCCCCGUCGCAAAGAUGGCUGACAGACUACAGCCUGAGGUGGUGUUGUUCACAUCUGAGAAGGGCCAAUUGACCUGUGCUGGCUCUAGUGAUCUUAAAGGAGCUGUUGUGUUUCCUGAAAGAGACUAUGUUUCUAAUAACAGAGACUGCGUGUUGUCUGAGAGUGUAUCAGAGAAGGGAGUGGGGAGCUGUAGUACAGGCAGUGAGGACAGGGCUACACAGCAGCAACAAAAUAGCAGCAUCAAGUCACGUAGGCUCUCCAGGUCCAGGCAGAAAGCAUCAAGUAGAGAAGCAGGUAAAAUCACUCACGACCUAUAUGUCUCUCAGGGGAGUCAGCCACAGGUCAUUGAAAUUGAUGACUGAAUAAUAGUAACAUUUCUUAAUGGUAAAUAAAUAUAAAGCUGUACCAAAUAAUAAAUAUAUCUUACUGAAAAUGGUGGGUUGAUUAUAUUAUAUCUGGCAUUGGUGUCAGUACUUUGGGACUGCAAACACACAGGGUUAAAUUGCAGAGCUGAUUUUAACACAAUCCUGCGAUUUCUUUUGAACUGUGUUAAAAUGAGUGUCAAGCACAUUUCCCUAAGCCUCAAAACAGGAAGACUUUUUGGGGCUUAUUUUAGAGAGUGGGUCUGAAGUGGAACAGAUGGAACUGAAAGGUUUCUUUUGCAGUUUAUUUCUCAUGGCUGAAAGGGUUUUGAUUAUUUCUUUUUUCUUUUUUUUCUUUUUUUUUACAAAUAUUACAGGCCUGUAAAAUUUUUUUAUUGUGUGUACUUUGAAUAUAAAUAAGGCUGAAGUUGUGUAGCUAGUCAGGAAGACAAGCAAGGAUGAUAAUUGACCACAGAAAGCUCUUUUUCUAUUCUGGUGCAUAUAAUGUUGUUAAAGCCCUGAGCAGUCUAUUUUUUUCUAUGCAGAUUCUUCAUAUUGAAGUAAAUUUACAGAUUUCAGAUAAUCUGUGGUUUGGGCUCUUGGUGAUGGAAAUCAGUGUAGAGUAACUUCACCUCUGGCCCUAAGGUGAAUCGCUUUAAGAGCUUGUUCUUAAAACUAGAGUUUCUUUUCCUUUGUUGUCUCUCUGGCAUUGGAUUUGAAUGGGUGUGGUAUGGAAGAAGAUAGAAGGCCAUUUUCCCCUUGUUUUUAAUGGAAGUGAAUGUUUUAAUUUUGAAUCCAAGGAAUGUGCAUGACAAAAAAAUAAAUACAGACAUAUGAUGUUUUCCACAAUUGACCAUUGUCUGAAAUCAGCUUCAGCUCAAUUAUUGUUGAUUUUUACUUAUUUUGUCCUUAAUAUAAGCAUAAAUAAAGAAUGUUUUUCUUAAGCCAUUUUUACCCAGAACCUUUGCCUGACCACCUUUUAUUCUAAGCAAUAAAUCAUUGUGCCUCAUUAACAUUAUUGGAGCCCUUGCCUGACUCUAGAGUAUAAUUUUGUCUGGCAAAUUCUUAAGUUUUGGCAGAGGAGAUGUUAAAUGAUGUCAAGAAUAGUCUCAUUAGAUGGCUUUAGGCAGUGAUAUUGUUAAUGUGGGGGCUAUGGAGGGAAUGGGAGGGAAUGCUUUUCAAUUAAAGCUCAUCCCUCUUCAUCUGUGUUGUGCCAAGUGCCAAGUAAUUGCAUUGCGAGAAUGGCGGCUGCUCCAUUAGUAUCAAUGCUAUCUUGUGCGAGGGAGGAAUGUGGGAAUUGGCUGUUCAAGAUAUUCUAAUAAGCUGUCUGCACCCAUGUAAGGCCGACCACAUGGCUAGUCUCUGCCACAGCCAGAGAAUAUAUUUAUCCCUCAAUAGAUGUCUUAUUAAUUGGUAUUACAGUCUACUACCAAUAUCUAUAUCCAUUUUAUAAAACGUUUUUAGCUAUUUGACAAUUUUUUUCAAUCUAAAAAUUGUAAUAUUUUUAAUUAUUUUAUUUGCACACCAUCAAUUUGCAUCAACUUGUCAUAAGAUAUAUUUUAUUUAAAAGGUAACAUGCAGCUGAAUGCUCCUAAGCAUUUACUGGUUGCCUUUUUAUAAACAGUACCUGAUAAUGUCACCCUUAUAAACAAAGUUUCAUCCAUGACUAAAAAUAAGGCCAUAAGUCCAGCAUAAAUUAAUGUUACUAUUUGUUGAUGGUCUACUGAAUGUGGCUUUCUGGUGUAAGUAUUAUUUAGCCUCACCUUUAGGUUACGUCAGCCACAGCAAUAGACAAUGUCUGUUAAGCAGAGCUCAAUAUGAAGCCUUUAGAAUGUGUAGUUAUUUUCAUAUUUGAUUACAUAAAUUCAGUCAAUUUAGAUAUUUGGUACUUUGGAAGUAUGUUCCUAAAUACUAGGAACGAGAUGACAGCGUCUGCAUGAGGUUGUUAUAAGUUCUACUUGGUUUGGUAGGUCCCAGUGCAGUGGAGAGGAAGAAAGAGAAAGUCUGCAAACACAGAAAGCGAGAGAGUUGUCACAAGGCAUCACAAUCUUCAAAAAGC